AUGGAACGUUUACAACAAAUUGCUUCUCAAACUACCGCUUCAGCUCAACCACCUCCAUUGGCUAAUCAUCCUUUGGAUCCAUUAUCAAUUCAAGAAAUUAAAGCGGUUGUUUCUAUUGUUAAGGAAAAUUAUUCAGGAAAAAACAUUUCAUUCAAUGUUGUUACUUUAAAAGAACCAUCAAGAAAAUCUUUUAUUGAAUGGAGAGAAAAAAAUGGUCCAAGACCUCCAAGAUUAGCAUUUUUUGUUAUUUUAGAAGCUGGUAAAGCUGGUGUUCAAGAAGGUGUUGUUGAUAUUGGUAAUUUAUAUUUAACUGGGUUAAAACAUGUUCAAGGUGUUCAACCAAUCUUAACUGUGGAAGAUUUAUGUGCUACUGAAUCAAUCAUUAGAAAAGAUCCAACAGUUAUUGAACAAUGUAGAUUAUCUGGUGUUCCAGCUGAUGAAAUGCAUAAAGUUUAUUGUGAUCCUUGGACUAUUGGUUAUGAUGAAAGAUGGGGUAAUUCAAGAAGAUUACAACAAGCUAUGAUGUAUUAUAGAGCUAAUGAAGAUGAUUCUCAAUAUUCUCAUCCUUUAGAUUUUGUUCCAAUUGUUGAUACUGAAACUCAUGAAGUUAUUUUCAUUGAUAUUCCAUCAAUUAGAAGACCUUUAUCAAAACAACCUCAUUCAAACUUCUAUCCUGCUGAUGUUGUUAAUAAAUAUGGUUAUAGAGAUCAUAAACCAAUUAAUGUUACUCAACCAGAAGGUGUUUCAUUCAAAAUGGAAGGUAAUGUUAUUGAAUGGGAAAAUUUCAACUUCCAUAUUGGUUUCAAUUAUAGAGAAGGUAUUGUUCUUUCAGAUAUUAAAUUUAAUGAUCAUGGUAAGAAUAGACCAAUUUUCCAUAGAAUGUCUCUUUCUGAAAUGAUUGUUCCUUAUGGUGAUCCAACUUUUAAACAUUUUAGAAAACAUGCCUUGGAUAUUGGUGAAUAUGGUGCUGGUUACAUGACUAAUCCUUUAUCUCUUGGUUGUGAUUGUAAAGGUGUUAUUCAUUAUUUAGAUGCUCAUUUUGCUGAAAGAUCUGGUGAUCCAAUCACUAUUAAAAAUGCUAUUUGUAUUCAUGAAGAAGAUGAUGGUAUCCUAUAUAAACAUUCAGAUUUUAGAGAUAAUUUUUCAACUUCAAUUGUUACAAGAGCUACAAGAUUAGUUAUUUCUCAAAUUUUCACUGCUGCAAAUUAUGAAUAUUGUAUUUAUUGGAAUUUCUUACAAGAUGGUUCAAUUAGAUUAGAUAUUAAAUUAACUGGUAUAUUGAACACUUAUGUUGCUAAUAAAGGUGAAAAAACUGGUCCUUAUGGUACUCAAGUUUAUCCACAUGUUAAUGCUCAUAAUCAUCAACAUUUAUUCUCUUUAAGAAUUGAUCCAAGAAUUGAUGGUGAUGGUAAUUCUGUUGCUUCUUCAGAUGUUGUUUCAGAUCCUCAUGAAUUAGGUUCUUUAGAAAAUCCUUAUGGUAAUGGUUGGUUUGGUAAAAAAACAAUUUAUAAAACCGUUGCAGAAUCUUUAACUCAUGCAAAUGCUGAAACUUCAAGAUCUUGGGAUAUUUUAAAUCCAAAUUCAAUUAAUCCUUAUAGUGGUAAUCCAGCUUCUUAUAAGAUUGUUUCAACUCAAACCCCAAGAUUAUUAGCUAAAGAAAAUUCAAUUCCUUCCAAGAGAGCACCAUGGGCUCGUCAUGCAAUGAAUGUUGUUAAAUAUGAUGAAGAUAGAUUAUAUCCAUCAGGUGUUUAUGUUCCACAAAGUUCAGGUGAUGGUCCAAUUGGUAUUAGAGGUUGGAUUGGUGAUGGUACUGAUAAGAUUGAAAAUACAGAUGUUAUUGUUUUCCAUACUUUUGGUAUUUCUCAUGUUCCUGCUCCAGAAGAUUUCCCAUUAAUGCCUGCAGAACCAAUUACAUUAUUAAUGAGACCAAGAAAUUUCUUUACACAAAAUCCUGCAUUAGAUAUUAAACCAAGUUAUGCAAUGACUACUUCUGGUGCUAAGAAAUUAAAUGGUGAAACUGAUGUUAGUUCUAUUUUGGAUAAAACUUCUAAAUUGGCUUUUUCAAAUACUUCAGCUUCUUUUGAAGGUUCUUGUUGUUCUAAGAAAUGA